UACCACUAUCUGAACCACUACAAUCUUUUUGGCUCCGGGUACCGCUCAUCAGCUAUGUCCAUUAUCGAUGACUACUUGAGGAUGCUGAAGGCUUAGCUUCUUCCGUUUCCCUCUAAAGAGAAUAGGAUGAAGAAAAACUGUGUAGUAGCACACUCUGUUUGCUUCAUCGUUUGUGUUCGAGAUGGAUCGAGACGAGAGCUUGGGCACGCAGCCAUUGACCGGGAGGCGGGUGCGCGCGGACACAAGGCACCCGGUGUACCGCGGCAUCCGGCUCCGCAGCGGCAAGUGGGUCUCGGAGAUCCGCGAGCCGGGCAAGUCCAGCAGGAUCUGGCUCGGCACGUACCCGACGCCCGAGAUGGCCGCCGCGGCGUACGACGCCGCGGCAUUGGCGCUGCGCGGCGCCGACGCCGCGCUCAACUUCCCCGGCACGGCCACGUCGCGCCCGGCGCCAGCCUCCGGCUCCCCCGACGACAUCCGCGCAGCGGCCGCGGCCGCCGCCGCGAUGAUCGGCUCCGGUCACCGUGGCAACCAGCGCGCCGCCGACGCGAGCACGUCUCGCGCGGCGACGGCGGCGCCGGAGGCCGCCGUCGCCGCUGGGGCGGGCGAUCAGAAGCGCGUCGUGGACGAGGACGACGUCUUCGAGAUGCCGCGGCUGCUGGUGAGCAUGGCCGAGGGCUUGAUGAUGAGCCCGCCGAGGCUGAGCCCCUCGACGGACGGCGUCGGCGGCGUGUCGCCGGAGGACGACGAGGACGAGGACGGCAUGAGCCUGUGGAACCAUUCCUGAAAUGGGCUUACGGGUGCAUAGCAUUUGCAGGAGGACACCAUGUAUUUUCCAUGUGUUCGUAUGAAUUCUGUGCCUACGUACAGUACGUACUCGGCACGUAUGCGAGAUAGGAACAGAGCAGAGCAGGAUACUGAAUUUUAUCGUAGUUGUCCUGUUACGUGUAUACGGUAUAUAUGGUCACUCCACUGAUGUAUAAGCCAUCCGUAGACGAAUUAUGGCUGAAAACGAUGCCCCUGACACAAAAUUCGUACCGCAUUUGGCAGGAUUUUUCUUUCCGGGGACGAGAGAUCACUAUCAAAGAUUAGGAGUAAAUGCGAUGGGAUUUUCCCUUAAAUGAAAUGUUGUGACUGAAAAUGGCAAUACGCUGGUUGUAGUUGCACGUACAUAAAUGAAAUGUGCCAUUCAGAAUC